AUGGAGCUUUCUUUUUUUCAAGAUUCAUUUUCUAACAACCUUGCGAGAUUGAACGAAACUUGCACGGAUCUUGAUCUUGGUGAGAUAUGCUCAACAAACUGCGAAAACAACCUUUUGGCGUGUUUUGGUGACUGCAACCCUGGCGAUGCUGCAUGCGAGAGAAUUUGUAUCCGGGAAGGUUUUGACUGUGUUGAUGGAUGUCCUUGCCAUGCUGAUUGUAUUCUCGGAUGCGAAAAUUGUCCAGCCGACGUUUGCAGUAUUUGUGCUUUUCCCGAAGAAAAUGAAGAUCAUCUGAAAUGUUUUGCGGAACUCGAAAAUGAGCUCUUUCAAUGCAUUCAAAACUGUGGAGGAAGCUCAAGUUGUGUUACUCUUUGUACCGUCCAGUACUCGCAGGACAUUUUGAAUUGUCCUUGCGAAGAAGGAUGCCCUGAUGGAUGUCCUUGCCCGAAUUAUCAAUGCUCAAAGCUCACUUCGCAUGAGCAUGCACUUGCGAAUUUCAACAUCUUCACUCAAGACUUAAAAAUAAAUUAUGGGCCAGAAAAAAGCAGAUUUUUUGGUGAAAGUGGAUGCUCAAUUUUAUACAAAGGCGCAACCUAUUUAUUUGGAGGAUGGGUAAUGGAUGAAUAUGGAAACGCGAUUGAAUAUGCAACGCAUGUUCUCGAUGGUUGCGAUAUAAAAAAGGCUGAAGGCGUGAGUUUUUAUUUUGAUUGCUUCUAUGGAUCCGUUGGAUACUUGCCGAGAGACGGAGACCCAGAAGCUUUUAUCAUGCUUUACGAUGGAAACAAUCAUAUUCAAGGUUAUGAUGGCUCAGCAUUUUUAUCUGAAGAAUUACCAUCGACAAAUUACGGCCAUGAAAUAAUUGGUGGCCAUAUUCCAGCUUACAAAGGAAAUCCAAUUCUAAUUGGAGGCGAGUCCUUAUUAGUAGAACGCUACAGUGCUACUGAUGGGUGGAUAGUUGAUGAGAAAAUUCCUGAAUUCCCAGAUGAACUUCUAUAUGCCUACUCGUCCGUUUGGGGCGACUUUGGAGUUGUUAUUUUCCCUGGAGAAACUGGAUCGGAUCGAAUAAUAUGGCGACUGUUCGACGAUGAAUGGACUAAUAUUGGCAUAGUUCCUUGGACGUCGCGACGAGUGUUUUCAAGAGCCGUUCUUUUUCCAAAUAACGAGGUGAUGGUUAUCGGCGGUGGUACAGAGGAAAAACUGACUAAAUUUACGUUCAAUGAAGAUUUUACUUCGAUCGAAGGAGAAUAUCUUGACCAUUCCCCCUUCCUCUCUUGGUGGAACCCAUAUGCAAUUCUUGUGCCUGAUGGUUACUGUUUGCAAAAAUAA